AUGUCCCAAGGACGUAAAGUUAUCGUUUUAACAGGUGCUAACUCAGGUUUAGGCUAUGAAACACUAAAACUAUUGAUACAACAUUCAACGCCAUAUCAUUUUAUUCUCGCUGUACGUAAUAUUCCAGCAACGGAAAAGGCCGUUUUAGCGUUAACAAUUCCGCCACAACAUAAAAUUGAAAUAUCAAAACUUGAUUUAUCAUCAUUUACUUCAAUUAAAUCAUUCGCACAAGGAUUACUUACGAGAGAUUCAACUCUUCCUUUAAAUAUACUAAUAUUAAAUGCCGCAACGAUUAAAUCAACAUUUAAUUCUUUCAUUUCUAGAAUUAUUUUUGUUAAUAGUUCUUUACAUAAACAGAGUGAAGAGCAUAAAAAUUUUGAAAGUUUGGAUGUAAAAAAUUUAAAUGAUAGCAAAGGUUAUGAUGGUCUUUUAUUUUAUAGGCAUUCUAAAUUAGUUCAGAUGUUAUUUUUUAAUCAAUUAAAUAAGUUACUAGAAAGAGAAGAAAAGGAGAAGGUUUCUUUGAUUGCUAUUGAACCUGGAUUCAUGCCUCAAACUGAUCUGUCAAGGGAAAGUGCCAUAUACAUUAAACUUUUAAUGAAAUAUAUUCUUCCCUUAGCUCCUUUUGCUAGGACACCAGAGCAGGGAGGAACGGUAAUUGUUUAUGCAUCAACGUCACCGGAACUUGAAAAACAAAGCGGAUUAUAUAUUAAUAAAUGUUGUAAGGUUGACAAAGCAAGUGAAGAUAGUUAUAAAGAAGAUUUACAAAAAACUUGGUGGAAUAUUAGUUGUGAUUUAACCGGUUUAUUAGAAAAAAAAUUACUAUGA